CAACGACGGUCAUCUUGGAGAACGAACUGACCAACCAUGAUGCAUACUCGACGCCUCCUCGGCGCCGUGGCCGGCGUGGCUAGCGCAGGUGUAGUAUCCACAUGGCUUUACCACCCAGAUGAUGCUGCUGAUCCUCUGCAAAGCCCAAACGGUCGGCCAUCAGCACGUUCCCGUUCCUUCGAUGAAACCAAAGGGUCGGCUUCAUCAUCCGCGGCUUCGUCACCGAUUCUCACGCCACGGUACUACGCCGUCGAGCAAAGCCCAUUUCGAGACCUUGGCGACCUCUUGGCAUCCGCGACCGUGUCUGCCUCGCAAGCGUACAUGAGCUGGCUGGCGACCAGUGGCAUGGACAAUUCAACGACCACCCGCCAUUCUGACGACCCCUUUCGACUUGUCGACCCAUCCACACCGUUAACGUCCAAAGACGCGAAGCGAGUGAUUGACAGCAGCCAAUUCAGCAUUCUUCUCAACGCGAUCGCAGGCGACACCCGCGACCAGUGUCCCGACGCAUCGUACAAAGCAAUUAACCAACUGGCGACAAAUAUGGAAUGCGCUGCCGCCAUUGCCGAGCGCGCGACACGAUACGGCAAGAAGGCACUGCUGCAUUUGGCGAAGCGACACAAUGUAGAUCCGCGGCUUGGUGAUGCGCUUCGCGCCCUCACUGUCCUCGACGGGGUCGAGUGCCGGUUUGGUCCUGCCAACCUGAACUCCCUCGUCGCACUAGUAUGUACACCAAACUUGCCAGCUCCGUUCGCCGAGUUUGCCUGGUGGGCGCUCGCAGCCACGGCCAGCAACAAGGCCCUGACCCCGCGAUACCGGUGGCGAAAGGAAUGGCUUGGCGACGACCGCGUCGCUCGGACUCGGUCCAUCCUCAUGCGCAACUCAUACGUGUGGUCAGCCAUCCUCGCGGCUCGUGACGAUAGCAGCAACUCGUCGAUGGUGCAGUUGCACGCUGCACGACUGGUCAAAGAGAUGUGUGCGAGUGGGCUGCCGAUCGAAGACGACGACCGCCUGGACUUGAUCUUGCAUUGGCUAUCAUCGGAAAACGUGCCUCUGUGUGCGGAAGCGCUUCAGACAGUCACGAGCCUUGCUGCCCACGAAUCGGUUCGAGUGAAGCUUGCGGCCCGCGGGGCAUUGGAUAUCUUGCACCAGAAGAUCGAAGCCAACACGUCCGACGCACGGCUUACGGCGCUUCUGCUCGGCGCGGUGCAUGCGCUAGCGUUCCAUCACGCAACGUCGCUGGAUGACCAUGCGCUGUCGUCCGUGGACAACGCGACGCCAAACGUCGACCACGACGAGUAUGUGGACGUGUUUGACUUUGACGAACCAACGGUCGUCCGCGGCUGGAUCGACUUGUUUACAUCCUAUGCAACGCACGAUGACGCCGACAUCGCGGCGAAUGCGGUGGCGUGCCUCGACGCGAUCUCGUCCCAUGGAACAUAUCGCAACCAAGGGAUGCAGGAAUGGGUCAUCGCCGUUCUCGAUUCGGUGCUGGAGAACGUCCCGUUGGAUGUGCAGCGCCAGGCGACGACUGUCCGCGCUGCUCGAAGUCGCACCCGCCCACUCAAAUCGGAGAAACAAAACUCCCCGACGCAGUAUGUCCUCGCCCACACCCGCGCCUUGCGUGCGCUUGCAUUUGUGCUGGAUCGCCCCGAUUGCCAAGCAGCGUUUGUCCGAGCCGGCGGUCUUCCGCUCCUCCGGUCGAUGCUCAAAUCGAUCGAGGCGUCAACAGAAGUCGAUGCUGUCGCUGUCACGGGACUUCAACAAGAAUGGUCGCGCGUCGUGGCCAAUAUGCUCUCCGCGCCUUCCCCUCUCGUCCUCGAGGAAUUGCGCCAUCCAGCUUGGACGUCCCGCCUCCAGCACUUGGCAUACACGUCUGCAAACGUUCAAGUGCAGACGCAUGCUGCACGCGCCCUGCAUAACCUACACACCGCUUCCCAGGCACACGAUGCGCUGACAUCUGCGGCGUCGCACGACGUCGACGACAUGCCAGUGCCUAAAGCCUCCGAUGGAGCGAUUUACAUGGAGGGAGUCCAUCCGUUCACCCUGCCAAAGUCUGACCAGCCUUCGACCAAUGACUAUGACGUAGACGUGGUGUUUGUGCAUGGGCUCUUGGGCUGUGCCUUUGAAACAUGGGCGGGUGGCGCCCAGGACGGGACGGCGGCUGAUGUCGUGUGGGCGCACGAGUGGCUCGUGGCGGAUCUCCAGCACCAGCACGUCAACCCCCGCGUCGUGUCACUCGGCUACGAUUCCAAGCUAUUUGCCGCCGAGUCGUCGUUCGAAACGCUGUGCUUUGACGAUACGUCCAAGGAUCUUCUGACCAAGCUGCAAAAGGCCAAGAUCGGUGUCGACCGCCCUGUCGUAUUUGUCACGCACAGCAUGGGCGGACUCGUUGUCAAGAAGAUGCUCCACGACGCUGCCACGUCAUCGCUGGCGCAACACACGAAAGGGCUUGUGUUUUAUGGUGUGCCCCACCAUGGGUCCCCCGUCGCGGCGGCGAUCUUCCCGAUUUCGUCAGCUGUCCAGCGCCAGGGCAUCGCGUUCCAGCACCCGGUCACGUCGGAAUUGCAUGGCACGCCGCGGCUGGAAGCGCUGAACGAGUGGUGUGCCGGUUUUGUCAAAGAACACGAUGUCCGCGUGCUCAGCGUCGGCGAGAGCGCCCCGAUGCGGCUCCCGCUGGUAGGCGUCGAAGCGCUCGUGGUUCCGGAAGCAUCGAGCAAUCCGGGGUUUGGAACGUACAUCAAGUUGCCCAACCUCGACCACACCCAGGUGUGCAAACCCGUCUCGACCGAGGACCUGCGCUACACACUGGCGCGAGACUUGAUCGUGGACGCCGUGGCCAAAUCGAUUGCGGAUGAGAACACGAUGACGGAGAUUGAUUAAAUAAACUACGAUGACCGAA